AUGUCGCGACCAAAAACAGCACAGCUAAGACCAACGACCUCUGCUGGCCAGCUAAAUAGCUCUACACGCCCCGCGACAACAGGUGGAUUCGGUAUCGAGCACGAACAAGGAUCUCAUGGUGAACAAGAAGAUUCUUACGACUCAAUAGAGUACACCGACAUGGAAGAUGAUGACGACAAAGUAGGCCAGCACCAAGCGGAGGAUGACGACGUUUUUGCAUUUGCACCUCCCGGCCUGGAGGUGCCAGGGGUGCAAGUUGUAGCAGCUCCUUCAAGCCUUCCUGCGCGUCCACCAACAGCUUUGACUUCAGGAGGUCCGCUUCGAAGCGGACAGAGAAGCAACAUACCUCGCGAAAGUAUCUAUUACCUUGAUCAGGAGAGCGGUGCUGUCUACGAUACACAAGGCAAUCUUGUGCAAAUCGAAGACCCGGUAAAGCUCGACCUGCAUGCCGAGUCAAAGAGAGACGAUCAGCAACACAGUGGUGGUAUCGCAGAGAAGGUUCCACAAGGUGUUCGACGUACUACCUCGAUCAAGUGGCAUCCUCCCACUAGAGACGAGAGCAGCAAUUGGCAGCGACGAUGCAAUUCCGCAGGCCGAGAAAGCGAUGGUCCGUAUUCCCUCACAAGCUCUUCCCACGGAGCUGCAUCUUGGGGCGGUCAGCCGGGCAACGUCGCCCCUACCUGUGACAGUGCUGAUUUGUUGCGUCAGUUGCCUCGACCAUCCAUGUCAAGAACGGUAGAGCUCGAGCUAGAAGAGGAUGACGACUCGCCGUAUCCGGAAGUGCGGGCUUCAGUCUCCAAUCUUGACGAUUCGACGAUGCCUUCCAUCACUUUCCGUUCAGUGUUGCUGGGUCUUGGACUGUCUGCGUUCGCAUCUGCCGUCAACACUUUCCUUUCGCAACGCAAUCCGCCCAUCCAGAUCGUCGCCAUCAUCAUUCAGAUCCUGGCUCAUCCGCUAGGCAUGAUUCUAGCCAACAUCUUACCGAUUCGCUCCUUCUACUUUCGUCCACCAAGCCUUCGUAAAGUCAACAGCGCAAAGCGCGCAAGCAGGUCGCAUGCUUGGUCGUUCAACCCUGGUCCGUGGAACAUCAAGGAGCAUACAGUGGUGCUCGUUGCCGCUACCACUGGACUCAACCCUUCGUACUCGCUUUCCAUCCUCUUGGCUCAAGAUCUCGCGCGAUUCUGGGACGACCGACGCUCUUUUUUAUAUGGCUUCUUGUCGGUUUGCGCUCCGCAGCUCAUUGGACUAGGACUAGCAGGAUUUGUUAGAGCUGUACUCGUUGAUCCAGCUUCAAUGAUCUGGCCGCAGAAUCUGGCUGUGUCUACAGUACUCAACACGCUUCACGCCGACGAAGAUUCGCUGUCCGAAAGAAGAUCAAGCCGCAUGUCGAGGCUCCGCUGCUUCAACAUUGCCUCAGCCGUCGCCUUUGUCGCCUACUUCCUGCCAGGCUACCUGUUCACCGCACUGUCGAUUUUCAACUGGAUCUGCUGGAUUUGGCCGAACAGCGUUCCCGUCAAUGUCGUGUUUGGCGCUGCCAACGGGCUCGGCGCGAGCGUGCUCACAUUUGACUGGACUCAGAUCGUCUACCUAGGGUCGCCGCUGAUCACACCUUGGUGGGCACAGACGAACCUCUUCGGUGGAUUUGUGGUUGGUAUUUGGAUUGCUGCGCCCAUCUUGUACUUCACCAACAUGCUCUAUACAGCUUAUCUGCCCAUUCUGUCAGGCAGUAGCUUUGACCGAUUCGGUCAGCGGUACAACGUCAGCAUUGUCUCUCCGGACCACAUCACGUUGCGCGCUGACGCAUACGCAGACUAUUCGCGAGUGUACAUAUCCGCCGGGCUCGUGGUGGCUUACUUUGGCGGUUUCGCUCUGAUCACGGCUGCGGUAGUACACACGGCACUAUACCACGGCAGAUUUGUCCUGGACCGGUUGCGAGCGAGGCGGACGAUGCCUGACGAUGUGCACGCUCGGCUGAUGCGCAAGUAUCCGAGCGUUCCCUCAUGGUGGUACGUCGCUGUACUCAUUAGCGGUCUUGGCAUGUCGAUGCUUCUUACAACUGCCUACGGCACCGGUCUACCGAUCUGGGCGUUGUGUCUAGCAAUCCUGAUUCCAGUAGCAUACAUGCUUCCCUUUGGCUUCAUCUUUGCCAUGAGCGGCCUUCCAGCUGGAGUGAAUCUCGUCUCUGAACUCCUCGCAUCUUGGCUUCUCCCCGGAAAACCCUUACCGGUAAUGAUGUUCAAGACGAUCAGCCAGCAAACCACCACCUUUGGCCUUCUGUUCUCCCAAGACCAGAAGCUUGCACACUACGUGAAGAUCGCCCCUCGCAACAUCUUUUUCGUCCAAAUCCUUUCAAUUACAGUCAACAGUAUCGUGCAAAUCCUGGCGAAAGACUACCUUCGAGACCAUAUCGAGGGACUCUGCGACCCGAACCAACCUCAGCGCUUCACCUGUCCAACAGUCAACAUCUUUUACACCGCUUCGAUCAUCUGGGGCGCCAUUGGAGUGGAGAGAAGUUUUGGUCCGGGCUCACCCUAUAAUUCACUCUUCUACGGCUUGAUAGUAGGCGCAGUUCUGCCGUUGAUCACGUGGUAUACAUCAAGAAAGCUCAAUUGGUCGACAAUGCGAUACAUCUCCGCACCGAUCAUCUUUGUAGGUAUGAGUUUAGCCCCACCUGCUUCUGGGAUCAACUUUACAUCGGCGAUUGUCGUGGGGUACUUCUUUCAGUACUGGCUCAGAAAACAUAGGUUGGAGUGGUGGUCGAGGUAUAAUUUCGUGUUUGCUGGUGCGCUUGAUUUUGGGUCGGUAAUGUCGUCAAUCGCAAUCUACUUCUUGCUCCAGAUGCCAAAGAAUGGAGCAUUGGAGCUGCAGUGGUGGGGCAACCAGGUGUAUCUUGAGACGGCGGAUGUUCAGGGUUCGCCGCUGUUGCAGGCGCCUGAUACUGGGUUUGCACCCCCGCCUGGUAUCGCCUGA